CAGGAAAUACCUGGAAAACCAGACUGAAAUGACAGACAUUCAUAGUGAGUCUACUCUGAAGUAAACAGAACUUCCUGACAAAUGUUCUGGAUAUGAGUUGCCCUGUCGGGGAGAACACUAUGAUGUCAUCCAGAUAGAGUAUGACAAUCCUUAAAGAAACUGUUAACGAGGGCCUGGAACAUGGUGCAUUUAUCAGCUCAAAUGGCAGUAUCAUGUACUCAUAGUGCCCAACAGUUAUUUGGUAAACUGUCUUCGAUUCAUCACCCUUUGCAGUCCAGGCCAAACAGCUUACACUAUGCAGACCGGGCUCAGUGAAGGGCUUUGCAGUGUAAACUUGCCCACUUGUGGCCUGGGUCACCCAGCUUCUACACAGCAGUAGUGUUGAGCCAUGGUAAUAAUACAUAAAUUUUUUUUUGCAUGUAUGCAGAUCAUGGAGGAUCUUCUGCUGUGCUCCAUCUCAGUUCAUUUCUUUUUCUCUGCUGUUGCAUCAGGCUGAGUGCAGAAUCUUUAAGUUGAUAUCCAUAACUCAUUCAAGAAUAUGAAGCACACUGUGAAAUUUUCCUGCGGUUUUGGGAAUUUCUAAAGAGACAUGUAUCAAAAGAGAUGAAGCCUGAAGAUUCUCUGGCGUUUAAGCUUUGCUUUCUUUAUAGGUUGGUGGUUCCCCCUAGUCCUCAUAUCUGUACGGUCAAUAAUUUACAUGAAGCAAUUUUUCUGAAUAUAAGAACAAAGUCCAGAGAAAUUUUAGCAAAGCCCUUUACCUAAUGCUAAUGCUUCUUUAGCAACUAAUAUGUCACACUGUCACAUUAUCACACUUCCUCUUCCUUCUUACACCCAUAGCCCACUAUACUGUUGCGUACUGGUUCUUGAAAUUUCCUCCUGGAAAAUAAGCCUCCUUUCCCCAAGGUAUGCUAAUUUGCUGGCCAUUUCCCAGCAUGUCUAACUGGCAGGUGAGCAGUCUGGCAUCUAUUGGGGCUGAAGAUUCAUGUUACUUUACUUUGCGUAUCACAAAUGCGACCCCCCUCCCAAGAGUCAAGUGGAUCUAAACCACAGCAUACAUUAGCUCUUGCCAAAUUGAAGCGGAACAUACAAUGACGUAAAUGAGAAUUCUUUUUGGACUUAAUGGUGCACCAAACAUUGAUACAUUUAAUACUGUUUGUGUGUAUUUGCAUGAAAGUCUAUCAGAGCAGUGUUGCUAGGGACAGACUGUCCAGUACACAGGUGAUGGUGCAGUACGGUCAGGGUCCUGCACCAUCCAUUAAAAUUUUAUAUAGCACCAAACUGGCUGCAGGUGCUGUGGUGCCAUUGUGUUUACAGGCAGUUCUACUUCCUAACCGACGACCCGAUGAUUAAUCAUCCUGUCCUGUGCUUUCCCUUUAAUAACAUUCAGUUUUAUCUGAAAUGUAAACACAGUCUACUAUGCGGAUAUAUUUAUAGACAUUAAAAACAGAGUUAAUGAUUCCAGUCAGCACCGUCAUUUUCUAUCAGUCACCAGAGUUCUGCACUGCGGAUAUUUUGCUAGUUGACUUUUCUGUUGGACGAUUAACAGUAGGCGAAACCUUCCAUUUCCCCAUAUGAAAUCUUCAUGAGUGAAACAGAUGAGAUCUUAUAUCCCCUUUGGGUCAAAGCACAGUGCAAGAUUUGCAAAAUAAACAUGUUUUUUUUCCCCUUUUCUUCCUCUUACGUAUUCAGCUCAAACAGAGAGUGUUUGCUCUGGUCAGACCCGGCCCCCGGGGAAACGCUGGUCUAUGUGCUCAGGGAGGGUUGCCUGUACUGAGCUGCCCUCAAAGCAAACUAACCCCACAUGACAAAGGCUGGAGCUGUUUGCUUAUUUGUUCACAUUUACCCUCACGUACAUGGCCAAAGUGAAAUUUCACACGCAGCACUGAAGGAUUCUAAAAUCCUGUUUGCGCCUCCUUGUACAUAUUCUUCUACUUUUCUUAUUUUGGCCAAAUUGCUAUUUAAAUAAUCGCAUCCUUUUCACUUGACAGGGGAGAAUUAACAUGUAUGCCACAUGAUGUUAAAGUGGUACAUGCAGGCACAGAAGCGCAAACAAUGUGGAUUCCCCACCUCCAGCAGAAUCCUACUUUCCUGUCUUCACAGUUGGGGCAACAUGCCUGAGCACUCCUGAGCACACUCAGAGUGUUCACUCCCCUGUCAAGGCCCAUACGGACCGGGGCUGGGCUCCAGGAGGGACUUUGCGGUGCCCGUCUGUCACCAGCACACGGCCGCCGUCGCAUGCGGGCGGAGGGGACUGUUCACGGUUUUCCCGGGUUAGAGGUGUCUGGGACGGACCAGCGCCUCUGUCGCUGAAGCCCAGAUCUCUGCACACGUUUAGCUAUCAGCCCAGCUUUGGAAGCGCAUCGAUGCCGUUUCGGCGUUAAGCCAGGGCCUGAACUCGGAAGUAGAAAAGGUAACGACUGCCGAGUUUCAAACCUGUGAACCUGAUUUUUUUAAAUUGCGCUUGCUGGUUGUUUCUCCUGACACCAGUCCCUAGGGGGCGCACUGAGCUUGGGUGACGCCGGGGGUUUAGGUGUACCCCUCCCUCAUCUCCUCACUUCCUGCCUGUAGUGCUUUUACUCAAACUCAGCCCUUAAUUACUUCAUCUAAGCCAUCAUUUGGACAGUAAGCGAAUGCACCUGGUGUUCCAGGUGUCAAACAGGAGCUAAUUAAAGCAUAUAGCAGUCUGCUGGGAUAACUGGGGCAGGCUUCCAGCCAAUGAGGGGGAUGUUUGUUUUGUGACUGGUGGCGUGAAUCUGCUGUUUGAUUGGUACGUUUUUUAUCAUAUGAGGAAAGACUAAUCAUAGUCUGUAAAACCUCUCACCUGAAAGCACCGAGGUCAUGAAAAAGCAAAAAUUCAAUUUUUAUGUUUUUUAAUGUUAGUAUAUAGCUGUGCAAAAGUCUUCAUCAAGGUGGAUAAUUUGUGUGUGGUGUGUUGCAUUCAAUUUUCGAUUUUUUUUAAUGUAUGAAAAGAAAUGUGUCACUCUGUUCUUGAUUGACUACCGGAGAAAUCUAAAAUGCCCAGAGCAAUACGUGACGUUUACAGUCGGUCACCCGUUCAGGUUAAUCAAUUCCAGUAGUCGUGGUCCGGUGUCUGACUGCAAAUUUGUCAAUGCCAGGUGGAUUCUGGGACAGUGCCCUGCUUGCGGGGACAGUGGCCCAGCCGCCAUUCGAUGUCACUGCAUGUGACAGCUUUGCCACGUGAUAAUGAGCCCUGGCUAUUUUCCCGUCACGCCGCGUAUGUCCGAGGGGGGCAGGGAGGGCACGUGCGUCGCACGGAACACUCGGGAACAUUCUAAUGCUACUCAUUAACGAGCUUGUUAACAUUCACCCUCCAACCUUCCCCAUGAAAACGGGGGAGGCAGAGUGACAUUUAAAAUGCUGAAUUCAAAAUGCCGUCCUCAGGAAGAGUCAUUACUGCGAUGGAUGGAUGGACUGCUGCUGCAGGGCUCUCAGUGGCUUAAGGAUUAUCAACCCAAGAGAGGGGGAAAAAAAAUCAUGGCUCAAAACAUUAUUUUUCAAGAUUAAUUAAGAAUUAAUCAACGGCUAAUCAUGACAUAUGGAUUAAUUAGACGCAAUCUAUUUUUUAUCUCCUGCUAACCUAUUAGUAGAUGUUAAUUUCUUUUGGCCAGGAGCAGAAUGGAAGGUGACUUUGAUGUCUGGGCUAUUCCUCACGUUCGGACAGGAGUACUGGUGUCAUGCUGGGAUACGUGUGGGAGAUUGGGCGAGUGGACGAGGCUGCCAGCUCCCUGCCAGCCCGGUGGUCACUGUAAUAGCGGCGUACGUCACCAUGGAGUCCCUGAGUGGGCGUCGCGUCCGCGGAAACACCUGAAGCGAUCCGGCAGAGGACCAGCGGCUUGAGAUUGCAGGCGACAACGUCUCCCUGUCUUCACCCGGCCAGAACGCGCCGUCUCCCACGGCAACAGGGAGGCACACCAGUCACAGACUCGAGUCAUCGAUCACAGAUAUGGCUAAAACUGCAGAGCAACUCAACCUGUCCUUCCUCAUGGAGCAUGAGAGGGAGGUCAUUCUGAAGGUCCUCCAGAAGGAUGAGAAACUCCGGAAACUCGAGGAGAAACGGAUAAGGAAACUGAAGAACGAGCUGUUAGAGAUGAAGCGCAAGGGCCGCCGGCGCCACCAGGAGGAAGGCGAGCGGCAGUGCAUGCGCUGCCAGCGGUCGCUGGGCCUGGUGUUCGAGCGCGGCGAGCUGUGUGAGGACUGCCUGCAACGCGUGUGCAGCUCCUGCCGUAUGCCACUGGCUAAAGGCAGGUGGCGCUGUACCGUUUGUACCAAGAUCCUGGAGCUGAAGGUGGCGACGGGCGAGUGGUUCCUGGAGGAGCGAGCCAAGCGCUUCUCGCAGGGCAACGUCCUGAGCAGCGACGUGGUCAAGCAGACCAUCCUCAGCAGUCCUCCAGUAGACCAAAAGGUGGACCACGCAAAAUCGCAGCCUGACGUGAGGCUGGAAGACAGACCGGACACGCCGAAAUCAGGCAGACAAGGCCUGCGGAGCGCCCUGAGAAACGCAAGGCAGGGGAUGAACCUAGAUAAGAGGAAUGGCCGAGCAGCACUGAAGGCAGAGGUGGGGUCUGAUCGGGUUGAGGACUCCAGGAGCAUGGGCUCGAACCCGGACCUGAACGCCCCCAGCGUACACAGUGCCCGCUCCACACCCCGCUCGCAACACAGGGGGAGCAUCAUGGCUGUGGAGUCCACCGGGAUGCCAGCAAUACCCAACAACCUGCGGCUCCAGGCCAUCGGCAGGUCUCCCAGCCCCAGCAACCGCAGCACUGCCUCUGGGACCAGCAGACGGCCGGACGGCGCCGAGAGCGUGGCCAGCUUCCACGCCAGUGAGAGCGUCCCAGACAAAAUGGCUGCCAGGCACCCCAGGGCCGAGUCCACAGCCCCCAGCAUCUCCGUGUCCAGAGCCUCACUCUCCUCAGAUCGCAGCCGAUCUGAGGUGGACCUCACUGGCCCUUCUGCCGAGCUGGGUGGAGACUCGCUGAGCCUGCGGAGCCGCUCCGUUCCCGGGGAGCUGAACGACCCUGACUACGAUGAGAGGGAAGAAGAUAUCGACACCUUGAUGUCUGAGUACAACCUGGGGACCCACAGGCACAUGAACAGUGCCCUGUCUACAUCCACUCCACCAGGCUCAGAGAGGAAAUGGUCCCAUCUGAAUGUUCCAGACUCAGACGCUGAGACCAGCAGCCUCAACAGCAUGAUGAGCGUUUACAGCGACACUGGAGACUAUGACCACACCGUCAUCAGCGGCGAGAUACUGCUCAACAUCUCCUACAGCUACAAGACGGGAGCGCUGAACGUGCUGGUGAAGGAAUGUCACAACCUGGCUGUCGGCGACGAGAGGAAGCAGCGCACUGAUCCCUAUGUCAAGACGUACCUGCUACCGGACAAGUCCCGCCAGAGCAAGAGGAAAACCAGCAUCCGGACCAACACCACUGAUCCGGUGUUCAACGAGACCCUGAAGUACGUAAUCAGCCAUUCACAGCUGGAGAUGCGGACACUUCAGCUCUCUGUGUGGCACAAUGAUCGCUUCGGGCACAACCGCUUCCUGGGCGAGGUGGAGGUGCCUUUCGACUCCUGGGACUUUGAGAAGCAGAUGGAGGAGUGGUUUCCCCUACAGCCUAAGGCGGACACUGGACCAGACACCUCAUUUCAAUAUAAGGGAGAGCUCACUGUAGUUCUUAAGUACAUUCCUGCAGAGAAGAACCUCAUGCUGCCUCUAGACCAGGUGCAAGUUAAGAAAGGGUUUUUGAAAGGAAAGAAGUCCAACAUCAAGCUGCCCCAAGGUGGGAUGGUGGAACUUCUUGUCAAGGAGGCUAAGAAUCUGACAGCUGUCAAAUCCGGAGGGACAUCAGAUGCUUUCGUCAAAGGUUACCUCCUCCCAGACGAUAACAAGUCGACGAAGCACAAGACAGCCGUGGUGAAGAAGAACCUAAACCCAAAGUGGAACCACACCUUCACGUACUGUGGUCUGCAGCCUAGCGACCUCAACAAUGUCUGCCUAGAGCUCACAGUCUGGGACAAGGAGUCCCUCUCCAGCAACGUGUUCCUGGGGGGCGUGAGGCUUUGUGCUGGUACCGGUCUGAGCUAUGGCAAGGAGGUAGACUGGAUGGACUCCUACGGGGAGGAGCAGCGGCUAUGGCAACGCAUGAUUGACAACUCGGAGGUCCCACAGGAGUGUACUCUGAUGCUGAGGUCCAACAUGGGCAAGCACAAGGACUGAGAGACUACAUAGGACCUCCUGUCUCAAUCAAAGCCAACGGCUACCCAGGACAGCCCCAAGCUCCACAGCUGCAGCUUGGGUGUGUUGUGGGAUGUCAGUCAAGCGACGCUGGGCCCUCAUCCCGUCUACAGCAAUGUCAGGCAAUAGAAGACUGUGCUGUCGCAUGGGUAGCUUUGGGAAAACAUGACCGAGGAUGUCAGCACUGAUUCCACUGCAAAAGGACGAUGCAUACUGGAAUCCGAUGUGCGACUGAGAAACGUACCAAACUGAACACAUAGAGCAGAAUGAAUAAUUUACCUUUGGUAUCAGAACAAUGGACAAAAACGUCCACAAUGGCCCAUUUGAUGGAGCCCUAGCUAUAGGCACCAUACGCAGUUACCAAGGGCCCCCGAAUGACCUGCGUUGCCGAGGAAGUGAAAAGAUCAUGAUUUUCUAGGUGGGGGGGCCUCCCAAGUACAGCUUUGCCUAGGGCCCCUGAAUAGAUAGGGCCCACCCUGGUUCUAACAGAAAAGCAAUAUGCACACCAUAUAUACAGUGAAGAUUUAAAGCCCCAUGUAUAUGGGGCUGUGUAUGGGGUUUACACUAUUCUUAAAAGUAUAUAUCUUUUUUGGACAUAUAAUAGAAAGGAAAAACUUAAUUAAAAAGACAUACUUUAUUGAUCCCAGGGGUAGACAGAUUCAAACUGGCAGCCUGAACUAUCGAAGGCACAUUUGAAAUGAUGCUUUGACACAGAUCCUAACUGGAUGACGGGGUAGACAGACGGCUGGAUGUGCAUUUUUGGGCAAGUUUAGGUAUUUUGAUUGUUUUAUUGAUGCACAGGCCAUGUUUCUUACAAAAUCUGAGUUAAAAAUGUUGAGUUAAAAAACAUGUCAUUACAUCAGAACAACAAGAUAGUUUGCAAAAAUAUACUAUAACCUUGAGCUACAGGUUGAUAUUAACCUACAUUUGCAUUUGUUUUGCUGCCGCUGCCGCCGUCCGCAGGGGACGUAUGUCACCGUUGUAGUGAAAAUGCAAUACAAGUCCAUGCAGCCAAGAGCAGGCACUGACCAUAACUCACUAGUGAGCUGUGUGCAUUUCACACAACUAAAACAAAAUCAUUGUACCUAGCUAUUUAGCUAAGUAUGUGGCAAAAAUAGUUCAGCAAGAUAGAUAAUGCAUAUCUAUCUAGGUUUAGAUGUCAGUCUAGAUCAUAGCUAUUUCAGUUCAAGCACAGAGCUAGGGCACAGUUUUUAGUAUAGAUCUAUAGUAUAGAUUUUAGUAUAGCUAGAUUUUAGUAUAGAUAGUAUAGAUCGUAGCUAUCUAGCAGGCUUUGAGUAAACAUAUUUUUACACAUUUAGAAUAAACACCACAAUGGCAAUACAAGACGAUAUGGGGGCGGAUAGUGAGGCAUCUCCAUUUGGGGAGGCAAAAACGGUGAAGUCGGUGCGCUUUCGAUGGACGCUUUAAGACAGCCAUGGUGCUGGCGUAAAAUGGGCCAAACGUUACCGAGCGGCGACUGGAUUUGCGGCUUCUGCCUUUUCUAAUGGAUUUAUCUGUUUUAUUCCUGACUUAGUUACUAAUUCUUUUCUCCAUGGUAACAGUAUUAUCUUGAAUCAGCUUUAUGUAGAGUAGCGCCGGGGUAACUGUGUGAACCUAAUUAAUCACAAGGGAGCCCAGUGUUCAGCAGAAAUUAGCAAUUAUUACUAAUAUACGAAAUACACGUUUCUUACACAUGAAGUUAAUUUAUAUUUUUAUAAUGGAAUCAAAACUUGUCAUAUGUUAAACACUUAUGUGAUGUAAAUCUGUGAAAUUCUUUAAGGUGAGAACAGCUGUUUUUGAAGAGAUGGAUUUUGAUGGUGGAGCUUUGUGGGAGGGUGGGGUUACAGUUGGGGGGUCGUUUUAUCUAGACGGGAGUUAACCCAGGCAGGAUACACAAACAAUACAGACAGAUCAGACUACCUUCUGAUGUACAGGGAGCUGUUAAUUUCAGUUGCAAUUGUAAACUUUUCAUCUAAAAUCAGGCCUGCCAUCUGUGGUUUCUUGGGGGGGCGAUCCACCAGCUCGUUAAAAAUGUGCCCCCUCCACCUUAUAAACCGACCCAGUUAUCAGUUUCACAGAAUCGUAUCUGAACAAGCCCUGGUGAUAUUCUGGAUUUCUUCAGACAUCACAGAAAGUGCUGGAACAAAAGUUUAAGGACCGCCCCCCGCGAAAAGCAUCAGGAUUUUGUGUUUUACGGUGUUCUAUGUAUUUUCAUUACCUAAAAUUAUAUAUAUAUAUAU